ACAUCAUCAUCAUCAUCAUUUCACUUCACUCUCUCACUCAUUUCUUCCAGAACCCACUUCCCCCCUACCACCACUCACCUAGCUAGCCUAUUUGUCUCUCUGCAGCUGCAUAUAUUCGCUACUUGAACUAGAAACAUGUUAAGAUCACACUACUAGCUAGUAUGAUCGAGAGAGUUGGUUGUUCAGGUAGUAAUCUAUCUUAAUUGGCCAAUAUGUAUGUGUAUUAUCACCAACCAUGAAAAAGCAGAAGCUGCAUGAUGGAUGGUGCCUCCUAGCUAGCUAGCUCUUCAUUAUAUGUAAUCAGUUACAAGAUGCAGAAAAAGGUUUGUAGCUGGAAAUUAGGCCUAAAUGGGCAGCAGAGGAUGAUGAGAGGUCAUCAUGAAGCUGAUCAACAUCACAGCAAUUACAAGAACAAUAAUGAUCAAAUGACAUCGUCUGAUGAGCUCAACUUGAGAAACCUCUCAAAGCUUAUACUCCCUCCUCUGGGCGCCUCAAGCUACAACCAGACUCAAAUGCAAUCAAAAGGCUAUAUUAUUUCCCCCAUGGACUCCAGAUACAGGAGUUGGGAGGUGUUUAUGGUGCUUUUGGUGGCUUACUCGGCCUGGGUUUACCCGUUUGAGGUUGCAUUUCUCAACUCGACGACGGGAACAAGCAUCAAUCCUCUCUACUUAGCAGACUACAUUGUUGAUCUGUUUUUCGGCAUCGAUAUCGUACUGACAUUCUUCGUUGCGUACAUCGAUCCCAGAACUCAGUUGCUUGUUCUCGACUCCAAUAAAAUCGCAAUAAGGUAUCUUUCGACAUGGUUCUUUAUGGAUUUGGCAUCAACCCUCCCCUUCGAGGUUAUAGGCAGACACAAAUUGGGUCUCUCCUACUCUCUCUUGGGAUUGCUCCGAUUUUGGCGAUUAAGACGAGCAAAGAAACUCUUCACAAGGCUUGAGAAGGACAUCAGGUUUAGCUACUUCUGGGUCAGAUGCGCCAGGCUUUUAUCUGUGACACUGCUUUCAGUACAUUGUGCUGGAUGCCUGUACUACCUGCUAGCAGACCGAUACCCACACGAAGGGAGGACAUGGAUUGGAGCUGUUAUUCCAAAUUUCAGAGAGACGAGUUUGUGGAUUCGCUACAUUUCAGCCCUCUACUGGUCCAUCACCACCAUGUCCACCGUCGGUUAUGGUGACCUCCAUGCAGUUAACACCAUGGAAAUGAUCUUCAUCAUCUUAUACAUGCUUUUCAACCUUGGCCUUACUGCUUACCUAAUCGGCAACAUGACAAACUUAGUUGUGGAAGGCACUCGUCGUACCAUGGAAUUUAGAAACAGCGUUGAAGCAGCAUCAAACUUUGUUAGCCGCAAUCGCUUGCCUCCAAGGUUGAAGGAUCAAAUUCUGGCCUAUAUUUGCUUGAGAUUCAAGGCUGAGAGCUUGAACCAGCAGCAAAUAAUUGAACAGCUCCCCAAGUCAAUUUGUAAAAGCAUCUGUCAAUAUUUAUUCCUGCCAACAGUUGAGAAAGUUUAUCUUUUCAAAGGUGUCUCCCGGGAAAUACUUCUAAUUCUGGUUGCAAACAUGAAGGCAGAGUACAUUCCACCAAGAGAAGAUGUUGUAAUGCAAAACGAAGCACCCGAUGAUAUAUACAUCAUUGUUUCUGGAGAAGUGGAAAUCAUUGAUUGUGAGAUGGAUAAAGAGCUAGUCGUCGGGACUUUGAAAUCUGGGGACAUGUUUGGAGAAGUAGGUGCACUUUGUUGCCGAGAAGUUGGUGCACUUUGCUGUAGGCCUCAAAGCUUUACCUAUCGAACGAAAACACUUUCACAACUCUUGAGACUCAAAACCACUGCACUAAUAGAAGCAAUGCGGACCAAACAAGAAGACAAUGCUCAAAUGCUUAAGAACUUCAAGCAGCAUCACAGAAAGCUCAGGGUUCUGAAGCUUGGAGAAAUAUUGGUUGAGAGUGGGGAAGAAGAGGCCAUGGGUGAUUCGAAUUUGGCAUUCGACUUAAUGACAGUUGCCAGCAAAGGGAAUGCUGCACUUCUUGAAGAGCUUCUCAAGUCAAAGUUGGAUCCUGACAUUGGAGACUCCAAAGGAAGAACACCUCUGCAUGUAGCAGCAUCAAACGGACAUGAAGAAUGUGUCUUGGUACUCCUCAAGUAUGCUUGUAACAUUCAUGUAAGAGACAUGAAUGGUAACACGGCAUUAUGGGAAGCAAUUGCAUCAAAGCACCAUUCCAUAUUCAAGAUCCUCAACUAUUAUGCUACCUUUUCUUAUCCCUACACUGCCGGUGAUCUCCUAUGCACAGCUGUCAGAAGAAACGAUCUGACCAUGAUGAAGGAACUGUUGAAGCAUGAAUUGCAUGUUGACUCAAAGGAUUGCAACGGAAAAACAGCAGUGCAAGUAGCCAUGGAAGAAAACAAUGUAGACAUGGUAAACUUGCUGGUGAUGAAUGGAGCAGAUAUCACCAAUGUUUCGCAUGACUACUUAUUUCCUUCACAAACCUUAAGCGAUAUGCUGCAAAAACGAGAGGUUGGACACCGGAUUACAGUGCCAGACUCUAUAGUCACUGAAAUGCUUUUGUUCAGAAAUGAUGGAGAGAAAAAUGUUGAUAGCAAAAUAUCCAAUAAAGUGAAUUUUCCAAGAGUGAGCAUAUACAGAGGCCAUCCUGUGACGAGGAGCAACGCAUGUUGCACUGAAGCCGGGAGGCUGAUUAGAUUGCCUCAUUCACUAGAGGAGCUCAAAAAUAUUGCAGGUGAAAAGUUCGGGUUUGAUCCAGGCAAUGUAAUAAUAACAGAUGAAGAAGGUGCAGAAAUCGACUGUAUUGAAGUGAUUAGAGAUAAUGACAAGCUUUUCAUAUAUAGUUGAGGACACAGUUUAAAUGUGGGAUAAAUCCUACAUUCUAUUUGGAUGUAAGAUGACAGUUUUUUCAUUACCCUUACCUUGGGAGAAAAGAAAUUGACCUUUUUUCAGAGCAAAAAAACAAAUGGAAAAUAAGAGAAUGUGCAUGCUUGUACAAGAGGUUUUCUUUCUAUGUGAUUCCAAUUAGUUCCAGCAUAGCAUUUAGAAAGAAUCACAUACUUUGACAUUAGUUUUCUGCCGGUAAC